CACGUGUCCGAAGUCACUGCCCACCGCAUUCCCAAACACAACCUUCCCUCUCUCCCUUCGUUCUUUCUUCUAGUCCAUCAUGGACAUCGAUACGCCAGGAGAGACUGGUAUAUUUGCUGACGACCAUCGACAUCUUUUCUGGGUUCCAGCGUUCUCAAAAUCGUUUCCACUCCCUUUCCGCGUUCUCACCUUGCUUGGACUUGGCAUAAUUGGCUGGGCGACGAACUUACACCUUCUCCGAUUACUCGGCGUCGACGCGUACGGUGCGCUUGUCAAAAACAGCGCGUCACUCCGAGGUCAAAACGAUGGGUUCCCUUCGAGCAGUGGAGGGAACAAGCGAGAGCAAGACCGUGCGCUUACCGCGAGUGUGUACAGGUUAUUCCUCGUGUAUGCGCUUUGGGUCGGAACUGGCUGGUUCCUUUUCCGCUAUGCGACGGGUGGGGACGAAGACAUGAUUAACCGCUAUCGAGCUGUCCCCGCUAUACUCCUCGCUGCAAUACUCCUUGGUAUCCUGAGUCCUUAUUCCUUCGAGAAGCACACCAGGGAGACUUUCCUUCAAGGAUGCCGUCGCUGUUUCAUUCCUUCCUUUUCACAGCCAACCUACUUUUGCGACAUCGUCCUUGCCGAUAUCUUCACCUCCUUUGCAAAAGUGUUUGGCGAUUUGUACAUCUCCGCACACCAAAUCUUCUGGGUGGGAUAUGUCACCUCUGUACCAGCCCAGAAGGGCAUGUUGCAGCUCAUUGUGCCGACUAUGAUGAGCAUUCCGUACUUUAUUCGUCUUCGUCAAUGCUGUAUCGACUACCUUGUCUCCGAUCGUCGCUCGAAGCGACCACUUUACAAUGCACUCAAAUAUGCCACCGCAUUCCCAGUUAUAUACCUGUCCUCUGCUCAAACUAUUGUUAUUCGCGACCUCAUUGCUGAGAAGGGUGAGGCGCGAGUGUUGGCGACGCAUUGGCAUGGAGAGCAUACCCUGUUCCGUUUGUGGCUGCUUUUUGUCUUCAUCAACUCAAUUUAUACCUUUUGGUGGGACGUAACCAACGACUGGGGACUGUCAUUGCUCGAACCAUCGUUAUGGUGGCCGAUACUGCGGGGUCAGCAGGCAACGUCUUCCCAGUCCUAUCGCUCUCUCCCCACAGGGGACCCAUACGAUGCUUCAUCCGCUUCUGAUUAUCCGAUUUCCCACCAUCGAGCCUACACAAACCGCACUCCUGAUCCCCAAGUCGAUGGCACGCCACUGCCCACACCUGCGACGAACCCACGCGGAUCUGAGACCUUCUACGCCCUCUCCAAUGGCUCAACUUCAAAACUCCCUCGUCCGCCAGGCUUGCGCCCACACCUACUGUAUCGGUAUCCGCGCGUGUACUACGCCAUCAUCACUCUCAAUCUCAUCCUCCGGCUCACCUGGUCUCUGAAGCUCAGUAGCCACCUGCACAACGUCACUGAAUUCGGCAGCGGCGUCUUCAUUAUGGAAGCGCUCGAGAUUGUGCGGCGGUGGCUUUGGGUAUUCUUCAGAGUGGAGUGGGAGGUGGUGCGGAAGGCUGAGCUGGAAAAUGUUGGGUUUGGCCUGGCAUUGGAGAUUGAUGAGGAUUACGAGCUGCGACGGCGCGACGGCAAGGAGCCGAUAGUUCGUUGACGCGUGAGGUGCGAUGAAUAGACGCGCGCCUCCCUCUGCGGCGUGACGAUGGACUGUUACAUUACUCCAUAUCACCAUCUCCGUGAUACAUCUAACGUAUUAUCAUUGUAUACUCUCCACACUGAUGAGGAGAGAAUUACACGUGACUCGGGUUACAGAUUUAUGUAAAC